GGUCGCCAUCCGGCAUGCGCAGGUGCAGGCGAUGGACGUGCGCAACCUGAUGGGGUGUGGCACCCCUCCAGGCCUCGUCGUGUCGCCCGUGGACAUCGUGCUGCCGGAGCUCGUGGCGCGUGUGGAGGCGCCGUCCUGCGCCAGGUCUGGCUGGCGUGGGCGCCGAGACGAUGGCACCAGCUGCGCCGUGGAGGUUGCCGAGGCUGGUUGGCUUGCGCUGGCGAUCCAGUCCCUUGAAUUUUUCUCUGGCGGCGCG